UCGCGAUCGGAGGCUAGUUGUGACUCCACGCGAAAACCGCUGCUAAUAUUAGCGCGGGAAAGCGCUCAGUGCGUCUGUGCGCGACUGAACGCUCGGGUUUUUCCAGGGCGGGCGGCGCGCGCAUCGCACCCUGCCACUGCCCAGAGCUCAUUAUCCAGCUCGCCAUUAUAACAAACACACGCUGCCCUCCAGCACGACUACCAAAUAUCUAUAACUAUAACAAUAAACAAAGUGAUCGUGUGAGUGCUGUGAAAUUACAGGACACUCGGAUUGACAAAGUGUCGUUCCUGAAAUGUGAACUGCCCGACUCUGUAUACACCAACAGGCGGAGUAGAAAAACAUCAACAACAUGACUGUGGUUACCAACCCUGCGUGUAUGGACGAUGGUCUUGAAGGCCAAAUAUCCCAGGCAUCUACAUCCGGUGGUCAGUCUAUGGCGAUGUGUGAAUAUGGCCAGUAUGGCGAACUACAAAUAGAUGAAAACUCUAGACUAUACGAUAAUGAAAAACAAAGCGACAUAGUAUUCGUGGCUGGCAUCAAUGGGGAUACAUUUCGAUUCCCUGGACAUCGCCGCGUUCUCGCCGCUACAAGUCCAGUUUUUGCCGCAUUACUCUCCACUAAAGCAGAUGUAAUAGUAGUCGAUUAUAUAGAUCGAAGAGGCUUUGAACAGUUGCUUCGCUAUUACUAUUGCGAACCCACACAGUUAACAUCUGUUUUUACGGCUAGAACGACCCUUAAUGCCGCUUAUAAGUUUUUGUGUCCUCAACUCGCAGAAAGAUGUGCCCGUCGGCUCGAUGAAAUGCUAGACGCCGAAGUAGCGUUGGAAAUAUUACGUGAUUUAAGAUAUUUAUGCGCAAGGCUCCCAGGAGCUGCUUCGGCACCUCCAUUGCCUGCACUUGAGAGCGAUGCUGCUGCUAGAACGUUAGCGCAUUGCGCUAUGUGGUGCGAUUCACUUGCACACAAUGCACUACUGGUAAUCGAUGAUAAUGCAGAUGCAGCACUCACUCACGAAAAACUUGAGGAUCUCACAUAUGAGGAUUUUGCGUUAAUAGUAAAACGCGAUACUCUACGGGUAUCAAGUGAACUUGUUUUAGCAGAAGCGCUUGCGCGCUGGAGUACAGCUGCUUGCAAACGAACAAAGCGUGAAUUAACACCGGGUAACAAACGAGCUGCGCUCGGUGAACUGGCAUAUUGUCCACGGUACUUACUUCUCGCGGGAGAAGAAUUGGAUAGAGCUCUGGCUUUAGAAUUGUUAGAGCCGAUAGAACGUGCUUUAGUGUUAGCACGUGCACGAAAACUAUCGGCUCCUGUUCCCGUUGGUGCUGAACAGGAAGCAAUGCUUCGACGAUGGGCACAUCCUCGACCGGCUGAGCCUGCUGCUGCUCCUGUUUCUUUGAGCCCACGGUCUGAGACAGUGGAUGAGCCUAAGCCAAGCAAAUUAUGUGGACGUCGACCGAAAAAACUAAAACAACCAUGCUUUGAGCCGGAAGAAUCCAGAAUACCAUCUAGGAACAACUGUUGCUCUGAUUGCUUCCAUGGAUUAAUUCAUGCGUUUGUUUGUUUAUUUGAUUAAGUCCAUCAAAUAAACAAACGAAUAGUUAUAAAGCGAGAUAGACAAAGCCAUUAAUAUUUUUAUCCUAAUUUAUCUUAGUCUAGUACCUAUAUUCAAAUAAAAAUGUGAUGAGUUGUGUUUUAAAUAAUAUUCUACAUUGAAAACAAAAUUAAAUAACAGAGUUUAAAUAUGGCAGUCAUUUAGAAUGAAUUAUACAUUUAAAAAAUGAUGGUGGUUAUAGGAUAACUAUUGCUUCGAAGCGGAGCCUCAAUUAAAAUUAAGGCAUCUGGGAUCUGAAUCAGAAUUAAGAUAUGAUAAAUUGAUUACUGAUUGGUUUGAAACUUCUGAAAAUUAUGUCCGUAGCUCAGCUGCGAUAUUAUAUUUGUUUCUUAAUCUUUGUGAUAAAUGUAUUUUACUUCUAAAUGUAUAUUUUAAAUUAUGUAGAAAAGGUUUGAAUUAACGAAGAAGCGUGUAAUGAAAUUGGUGCACAAAUAAUUAAAAUAGUUUAAUUUCGUUGCAUUUAUUAUAAUUGUCUUUUUUUAGAAGUAUUAUAGAAAAUUGUUAUUUUUUACAUUAGCGAUAUUGUGUUCAUAUUAAAUUUGAUUAAUGUGGCUAUUUGAUCGCCUCUUAGGCAUCUUUAUUUUAUUUUUAAAUUAAUGUGGUAUUGCUGCAGCUAUAAAAUUUAUAAUGUUGCCAUUUAGAAAGGAGGUGUAAAAUGCUUGUUAUUCUUUAAUUGAUUUUAGUUUAGAUAAAUAUUCCUACGAUUGUUAAUGGUGCGCUAGUCUUAUUUUAAGUACAGAUGAAAUCUAAUACGUCUGUUUGUUGUAUUAUAAUUUUAGCUACUAUAAUUAUUAUUUCAAAUGUUCACAGAACGACACUGCCUUCUUCCGAGCGAGUUUCAACGUCAUAUUAUUACAAACUCGAAUAAAUAUUCGAUACAUUUAGAUUGUGCCAUAUUUGAUGUUUAUUGUAAGGUUAUUUUUAGAGUUAACCGUAAAAAAAAUAUAUAACUAUCUGCUAUGAUAAGUCAUUAAAAUAAAUUUAUCGAUUGAUUAUAUAUAUAAAAAAAAAUUGUAAUAAAUGUUUAGACAAAUAGUAUUGAAUGUAUUUUGGUAAAUAAUAUUAUCCUCUUUCUAAUCUUGACCCAUGAACUGUAACAGUAAUGUUUGUAAAAUUUUGACUUUUGGAAUAAAUUUUGAAUGUUAUUAUAAAUAAUGAGACUAUCAUACUAUUAUUACAAAUUGUAUUCAAAAGCUUUAACAUUGGUAUGGUAUCACAUCACAAUCUAUAUCUUUACAUUCAAAAAAAUGAUUUCCGAAAAUAAUAUUAAGUAAUUAACUAGUAUUUAAGUAUAUUUUCAAUGUACCUCCUUUACCUAUAUUUUAAGGUAAUUAUGUGUUAGAAUAUCUGUGUACAUCAUCGGAAUGUCGUUUGAAACGAUAAAUUAUUACAAAACGAUAAUAAAAUGUUUGCAUUCAAUGUUAUAAUUUAUAAUUGUAGCGAUAUAUUGAUGUGUUCAGCUCGGAGCUGCAUUUAUGUCCUAAUUUAAAUAUGAAGACAAAUAAAGAAAAAUCA